CACAGCAAGCAGGAGUCAGUCUCUUUAAGCCCCAAAAUGUGAUUUCUCACAUGAUAUGAGUAUGACUGUGGGGCUUUGCUUUAAAGUUUCCCUCCCUUGUAUGGCUUAUGAUGUCUAGUUGUUUUUUUCUUAUUUGGCACAGAGCAGUGCAAAAUUAUUUCAAAUUAACCACACUAUAGCCUGGGAAAUAUGGCAAAGAAACUUAUUACAUUUUCCAGGACUUUCCUGCAGGCACUGUCUUUUCAGAGCAACAAAAAAGGAGACAAUGAAACAAGAGCUUUGCUACCAAAGACAGACAAUCUGGAUGCACAAGGCUCUCCUCCAAAUCCCAGUAGAGAAGAAGCUGGCUGUAGUAGAAAACAGAAAGGACAGUGGUGUCUGCAUCAUUCUUCCCAUCAUCACCUGGAUUCACUUACUCGUUGUGUUAAAUACUUUACCCUUGUUUGGAACCUGGCUUUCUCCAUUACAGGACUGCUCAUUUUGGCUAUAGGGCUCUGGGGUCUUUCAGACAAAGAGUCCUUGGCAAGUGAACGGAUAACUCAUUUGGGCAGUGACCCAAUGCUCUUUUUUGUAUUAGUGGGCCUAGCAGUGAGCACUAUGUCUCUACUGGGUUGUACAGGAGCCCUCUUUGAGAACACCUGCCUUUUGAAGUUUUUUUCUGGAGGAAUCAUCAUGUUUGUAAUCCUGGAAACCAUUGGUGGAAUGACACUCUUUUCCCUAAGAAACCAAAUCAAGGCCUCCUUGCAAAAUUCCCUCAUGGUGGCAGUGCUACGAUACCAAGAUGACCUAGAUCUCCAGUUCAUUAUGGAUGAAAUUCAGUCAGGCUUACAGUGCUGUGGAGUGGAGUCCUACCUAGACUGGAAAACAAAUCUGUAUUUUAACUGCAGCUCUCCAGGUGUGCAAGCCUGUGGUGUUCCAGCUUCCUGUUGCCUGGAUCCACGGGAAAAUGGCACCAUCCCAAAUUCCCAGUGUGGCUUUGGCGCCCUGGUCCUGGAGGAGUUUGUGGCUCAGAGCACCAUCUAUCUUGGAGGCUGUGUUCCCCAGCUGAGCAGAUGGUUUAAUAAUCAUGCAAGAGCAAUUGCAUUCUAUUUUGUGUUUCUGAUUCUGAUUGAAGUAGGAAGCUUAUUACUGGCCACUAAGCUUCUGGCAGGCAUUACCUUUGCUAAAACCCGCGAUGACAGUGGGAGGGAGGGAGCAUAUUGGUUCUCCUCUUACCAGACACAAAGGAGAUUUUAUACCUGAUCCUUUGAGGACAGCAAAUCCAGAAUACUGCAAGACUCCUGUCAUCAUUUACUUAUUAAUUUCAGAGAGUAGGAUAUGAAGGACUGAGAGCACCUUUACACUUUAAUUCCUCUUGCUUGUGCCCUUUCUUAUACUUCUCACAGUCUCUGGCUGGAAUUCAUCCUGCUCCCUCCUUCCUGCCAUUUUCUCUUCCAUCAAUGCUACAUUUCCAUUCAAUGUCCCUCAGGGCUUCUGGGCAUGGCCACAAAGAUAGGGAAGGUAUUGAAGAACAGAAGUGACUUGGCCUUGAUUGCUGGGAGAAACCUCUACAUGCAGGCAGCUCCCCUACAAACUGCUUUUCCAUAAUCUUUUUUGAAAGCCAGUUUCUGAUCUGGGCAUAGGAACAAAUUCACACCUAAAAAUGGCUUCAAGAAAAGUGGGGCUAGAUAAAGUGUAUUUCAUCAGCCUCCCUCCCCCACCUUCCCAAGGCCCAUAUGGCAGCAAGAAUUAUGAAACUACUCCCCCAAGGGAAUUCCACUGGUUUCCCUCUCUGCUUGCCUUUCAGCCUGUGAUACAAACCUAUCUAUCUAUUACAGUGGAUCAUUGCAAAUGCCUUUUACUGUGGUCCAAAACACACUGCAGAAAUAAUCCAGUUUGAAACUGCUUUAAUGGCCCUGGCUCAG